AAAAAAAAAAGAAAAAAAGAAAACGAAAUGAAAGUUUGUUUGCUCUCCUGCCUAUGGAUACAGUACUUUAUUUAGGUAGCCAGGCAUAUUCCAACCAACUUAAUUUGGGUAGGCCAUGACGAAACUCAUGGCCUGCAUCUCUUGUUGAUAGUAAAAAUCAAAAUCAAAUCAAAAAAAAAAAAAAUGCGACAAAGGAAAGGUCGCACCUUCAGCUAAAAAUUUCCAAACGAUUCGCAAUAUAUCCAAGACUCUGGCAUUCUGAUUGUGGCGCAUCCCCGUCGCAAAACAGCAAGCGUAUUGGCUUUUCAAACCGCGACCCCAGAAAUCCGUAAGCUCUAUUUGCCCUUUCACCUACCUUAACCUAUCUAAGCGUGAUCAACCAACGCAUCGCCAUCCAAGAAGAAAAAUAUCAAGGGAACAAAUUAUCAACAACGGCGACAUGCUUUUAUGAGUAAAAUCUCGACCGAGGCCUGUCAUAUCGAAGUACCUGACAAAAAAGAAUAAUCACAAGCCAUCGGUUGAAGGCUCAAGUCAUAUUCAGCCCUGGCUAGCAUACAAUGCAGGACUCAAUGACAGCAGCGGCGCUGCCGCCAUUGGUGCAGCCGCUGGCGGAAGAAGUGCAACAGGCUCAGACUAUUCAACAACCUGAUGCCAAUGGUGACGCACACCAGGCAAGUGGCAUCAGUGCAGACGAAAUUGCCCUGUAUGAUCGCCAAAUCAGAUUAUGGGGGAUGCAAGCGCAGGAAAAGAUCCGUUCCGCCAACGUCCUCCUGGUUACUGUCAAGGCGUUGGCUAACGAGAUCGCCAAGAAUCUGGUUCUUGCUGGUAUCAACUCUCUGACGAUUGUCGACCAUGAGGUUGUUACCGCUGUUGAUUUUGGAGCUCAAUUCCUGCUAUCCGAGGAUGAAGGUCACCUGGGGAUGAAUCGCGCCGAGGCGGCCAGCGUCAACCUGCGCAAGUUGAACCCUCGCGUCAACGUUAAUGUCGACAAGGAGGACAUUCGGACAAGAGGCCCCAAUUACUUCCAGAACUUCAGCGUCGUAAUCGCCACCGAUCUGGAUCCCGACGCCUUCAACAUCAUAAACCUGGCCACCCGCAUCGUGAACAAGCCCUUCUACGCCGCUGGCUCGCACGGCUUCUACGGCUACAUCUUUGCCGACCUGAUCGAGCACGUCUUUGUCAUCCAGCGCGACGAGGGCAAUGUCGCCACCAAGUUGCAGCCCGAGUCUAGGACGCGAGAUGUCAUCGACGUCCAGGUAAAGAAGGAGGGUGGCAAGUCCAUCGAGCGCGUCACCAAGCGUGAGCGCUACUCGACCUGGACGCUGUCCGACGUCGCACCUCUCCCUGAGGAGUACCGCAAGUCGCCCCGCCGUCUACGUGCGGUCACGCCCGUUCUCUCCUGCCUACGCGCGCUCUUUGAGUUCCAGCAGGAGAAGGGCCGUCUGCCCGCUCUCAACCGACGUGAAGACCUUGAGCGCUUCACGACGCUUGCUACCGAACGUCAUCACAAGCUGGGACUGCCCGUCUCGACGCUCAAGUCCGAAGUGCUGCGCAGCUUCCUUCAGAACAUUGGCAGCGAGCUGGCUCCCGUGACCGCCAUCAUCGGCGGCCAGCUGGCCCAAGACGUCAUCAACGUGCUGGGAGCAUCGCAGGCUCCCAUUCAAAACACCCUCAUCUUUGACGGAAACACCAUGGAGGCCAACAUGUACCCUCUCCACCCAGAAGACGACCAGCUCGGCAGCGGCCAGCUGGUCUUCUCAUCCCCGGCGGGUGUACAGUUCGCUGUGGAUAGCAGCAACGCCAUGGCCGCUGGCGUAGUGCCGGAUCCAUCAUUGAUGAUCCCUCCGGUGAACAUGGCCGGGCCGGACAUAGCUGGACCCGGACCGGACAUGACCCUUGGACAGUAAUUAUAUGGGCUUGAUUUAAAAAUGGAUAAAGACCCAAAUCUUAAUAAAAAGAUCAGGACUAUCUAUGGAUGGGCAAAUACGGCCCGUUUACGUAGUGGCAAGAGACACUUGGCGUUAUGGGUUCACCUAGGAAGUAGAAUUUUAACCCGGAAAAGGAUAGGGCAUUCUCAUUAAUGAGCUACAGACCAACCUUUGAGGACAAAUCUCGGCGGGUGUGGCGAUAUUACGGAAACUCGGACUGGAUUAUUUCAGGCAUGCUUUUUUACCCGUUCUCAAGCUUGUAGGAUGGUUGGGUGGGUGGCUGAUCUUGCCUUCUGUGUCAGCAAGCACCAAAGUCUUUUUUUUUUUUCCCCUUUGUUUCCACACAAAAGAUCAAAUUUUCAAUCGUCUCUAGUCUCCGGGCUGAAGUGGUAAAGCUGGUUGAACGGCGAGUAUUGCGGCGAGCCACGCAACAUCACACCCAAAGGCAAACAAAACCCAUAUUACCAGCCCCCUUAUGUCGUAUGGGUAACAGCAAGCGAAUGUACGGACGCAUCUAGACCUCCAGGGGCAUAGUGUUGGCUGGUGAAUUUGAGAUAUAUCGGAGCUCAACAAAUGGAGUACAAAGAGGUGCCUAAUGCAUAUUUUGCUCAGGCAGGCGCUUUGUCGUGGCAGACUUAACCCAGUUCAGAGCAACGUCAUUUAUUACCCGAUAGCCACUUGUACGACUGACUUUCCCAACAUCAUGCAGUCCGGGA